GAAGUAGAUACGGGAAAAAUAGGGAACAAGAGAAGUUGGGUCAUGGCCUCAUGGGCCCUCCGCCCCAGACAAGGGGAAGGGAAGAUUCGCGAUUACGUGCCCUUUAAUUGUGAAGAAGAAACCAAAAUGCAUUUGAGGUUCAAACUGGAAGAACGCUUGUGAGAUUUGAAAGUUUAAAACCAUUAGCGCAGCAACUUAGUCGGUAGUAGCGCUAGAGAGUUGGGAGCCUGCUUUCACGGAAAUCUUCAAGUUAUUCCAUGCUAAUCAUCUUUGGGUUUUAGCUCAUUAAGUGAAAUUGAACGGGCAGAGAUGUCCCUUCUCAGUAGAUUCUUUUACAGAAGACCCCCAGAUGGCUUGCUUGAAUUUGUUGAAAGAGUAUACGUUUUCGAUUCGUGCUUCUCUACUGAAGUCUUGCCUGACGGUAUGUACCAAGUAUAUCUGCACGAAAUUGUAACCGAGUUACAAGAAGAAUUCUCAGAGUCCUCAUUUCUCGCUUUCAAUUUUCGUGAGGGUGAAAAACCAAGUCAUUUUGCAGAAAUUUUAUGCCAAUACGAUGUUACUGUUUUGGAUUAUCCACGACAGUAUGAGGGUUGUCCCCUACUUCCAUUGUCUCUGAUUCAGCAUUUUCUACGAGUUUGUGAGAGUUGGCUUUCACUUGGGAAUCAUCAAAAUGUUAUUCUUCUACAUUGUGAAAGAGGGGCCUGGCCACUUUUGGCAUUUCUAUUAGCUAGUUUCUUGAUUUUUAAAAAAUUGCACAGUGGAGAGCGAAAGACUCUUGAAAUUGUUCAUAGAGAGGCUCCUAAAGGUUUCUUGCAGCUCCUCUCACCUUUAAAUCCCUUCCCUUCUCAGCUUCGCUACCUUCAGUAUGUAUCACGGCGGAACAUAGCUCCUGAAUGGCCUCCCCCUGAGCGUGCUUUGUCUUUAGAUUGUCUCAUUCUUCGAGCCAUUCCAAGCUUUGAUGCCCAAAAUGGAUGUAGGCCAAUCAUCCGUAUUUUUGGUCGGAAUAUUCGUGGCAGAGAUGGCCUAUCCACUCAGAUGCUCUUCUCCAUGUCCAAGAAGAGGAAGAUGCUUCGACAUUAUCAUCAGGCAGACUGUGAUGUGAUUAAAAUUGACAUUCAGUGUUUGGUGCAAGGCGAUGUUGUAUUGGAGUGUGUUCAUUUGGACUUGGAUCCUGAAAGGGAAGUUAUGAUGUUUCGUGUAAUGUUCAACACUGCAUUUAUUCGAUCCAACAUAUUGAUGCUGAACUCUGAGAACUUGGACAUUCUUUGGGACUCAAAGGAGCGGUAUCCAAAAGGCUUCCGAGCAGAGGUUUUGUUUGGGGAGGUUGAAAAUUCCUCCCCACCUAAGGCUCCUAUAACAAUUUUAAAUGGUGAGGAGAAAGGGGGAUUACCUAUUGAAGCUUUUUCUCGAGUUCAAGAACUUUUUAGUGGUGUUGAGUGGGUUGAUAACAGUGAUGAUGCUGCCUUGUGGUUACUUAAACAUCUUUCCGUCUUGAGUGAUGUAAAAGAACUGUCCAUAUUGCAAAAUAAAGGAAAUUUAUAUGAAUGUCUUGCUGACUCUGAGGAAGAAAAUAACGCAUAUGGCACUGCUGAUAGUUCAGAUGAAGCAUUUGAUGUUAAUAAUAAGCCUUCAGUGGAUCCAGCAAAAUCUCUGCCACCAGACAUUGUUGAUACAGUUCUCAUACACUUAGAAAGUGAUGGUUUACAAGAUUUAAAUCAUGCCUCUGGAACUCUAAAUCAAGCAUCAGUGGAAACUGUUCAGAUAGUUUCAAGUCCAGGAACACGAUCUUGUUCAUCUUCUCCACAGCCAGCUUCACCACCUUCUCUAUCCUCCAUACCAACAACAUGUCCACCACCACCUCCGCCUCCACCUCUAAUAUCUGGGAAAAGUCUUUCUGUAAGAUAUGCACCUCCACCUCCAUCUCCUCCUCCUCCUCCUCCUCUUCCUUUAGUGUCACCAUCACAUCUACCUUCAUCUAUCAAUAUUAUUAGACCUUUGUCACCCCCACCCCCACCACCUCCUCUUCCUAGUUUUUCUGAUGGAAAUUCUCGUACAUCUUUGCUAGCCACAGCUAAAAGAGGUCCUCCACCACCUCCACCACCUCCACCUCAUAGUUUAUCUGGUAAAAUGUUUUCAACAUUGCCUGCAGCUACCAGCAGAGAUGGCCCACCACCCCUUUUCGGCAUUUGUAAAGAGCUUUCACCAGCCCCAGCCAUACCUGCUUGUUCCUCUCCAUCGCAAUCACCACCCCCGCCCCCACCCCCACCCUUGCCUCCACCCUUGGUUUCAUCUUCGUUGGGCAGCAAAUCUAAUAAGCUAGAGCCAUACCCACCACCACCACCUCCAAUGGCAAUAUCUAGCACCAGUUCCUCUCAUGAGGGAGUGCCACAUGUCCAUACCAAUGUCCCUCGGCCACCUCCACCUCCGCCUCCUAUAGGACCUGCUCGGUCAGCUCCUAUUCCUCCACCUCCACCCCCUGUACCAAAACCUCCUGCUGCACCCCCUCCACCACCCGGCUACAAUGCAAUGGUGGGUCCACGGCCGCCAGGUGCAAAAGUGUCUAAUGUGCCACCACCACCACCUCCAUCUAUUGGAAGGGGAAAGGCUAUGGGACAGACUGGUCAUGCAAGAGGUCGAGUCAUUGGUGUGAGUAAUGCCCCUAAGAGAACUUCGUUGAAGCCAUUACAUUGGGUCAAAGUUACUCGCGCAAUGCAAGGGAGUUUAUGGGCUGAUUCUCAAAAGCAAGAUAAUCAGUCAAGGGCCCCAGAAAUUGACAUGUCCGAGCUUGAAAGUUUGUUCUCAGCAGCCUCUGUUUCAGAUGGGCAUGGUACUAACAAACUUGGAGGUCGACGAGGAUCUAACAUCAACAAACCUGAGAAAGUGCAAUUGGUUGACUUGCGCAGAGCGUAUAACUGUGAAAUAAUGCUUACAAAAAUAAAAAUUCCUCUGCCAGAUAUGCUUAAUGCAGUUCUAGCAUUGGAUUCUUCAGCUCUUGACAUUGAUCAGGUGGAAAAUCUGAUAAAAUUUUGUCCCACUAAGGAAGAAAUGGAACUGCUAAAGAAUUAUAUGGGUGACAAGGCAAUGCUUGGGAAGUGUGAACAGUUUUUCCUAGAGUUGAUGAAGGUUCCACGAGUAGAAUCAAAAUUACGAGUAUUUGCAUUUAGAAUCACCUUUUCUAGUCAGGUGGAUGACUUAAGAUCUAACUUGAACACCAUUAAUAAUGUAGCUAGAGAGGUAAAAGAAUCUAUGAAACUGCGUCAGAUAAUGCAGACAAUUCUUACAUUGGGAAAUGCUUUGAAUCAAGGCACUGCACGAGGAUCUGCAGUGGGAUUCAAAUUGGAUAGCCUCCUUAAAUUAUCUGAUACUCGAGCAAGAAACAACAAAAUGACUUUAAUGCAUUAUCUCUGCAAGCUUCUAGCUGAGAAAAUGCCAGAGUUGCUGGAUUUUGAUAAAGAUCUUAGUCAUUUGGAAGCUGCUUCGAAGAUUCAAUUGAAAACUCUUGCUGAAGAAAUGCAAGCUGUGAGUAAGGGUCUUGAAAAGGUUGAGCAAGAACUCACUGCUUCAGAUAAUGAUGGUGCUAUCUCUAUGGGCUUUCAGAAGGUGUUGAAGAAUUUCCUCGACACAGCUGAAGCUGAAGUAAGGUCACUUAUAUCCUUAUAUUCUGAAGUGGGAAGAAAUGCAGAUUCAUUAUCCCAGUACUUUGGGGAGGAUCCGGCAAGGUGUCCUUUUGAACAAGUGACUCAGAUCUUGGUUGUUUUUGUUAAGAUGUUCAAUAAAUCACGAGAGGAGAAUGAAAGGCUGGCUGAUGCAGAGAAAAAGAAAUUGGAGAAGGAAGGCAUGAAAGAGCGGGCAGCGGCUAAUCUAACUGCAAAAAAGGAUGGAGCCGAUGAGCCAAAUCUUAGUUCUCAAAUCCAGAAACAUGCUCCAUAAGGAAGCUUACUAUGGAGCAACAGUGAAAGCUGCAUGUUUGCUUUGCAGAUGAGGAAGACAGAUUUGAAGACUUUGAUAUUUCAGUCUUGGAGAGGGUUUUUGUACAGUUUAUCACCUAUUCCGAGGUCAGAUCAUCAGCAGAGUUCUCUAUGGAGCAGUGUAUAGCAUAGGCAUGGCAUGCAGAAGUAGGUACUGUGUGACCAUCUGUGCUGCUGGUGCACUGAUUCUUUUUCAGGACUCAAUUUCUAAGCAGCAAUGCCAAUGGCCUGCCCAAGUGUAUUCAAUGGUAAACAGUUGAAGCCUUAAUCUCCUUUGCCCUACCAACAAGCCCUAUAAUCCCAUUUUGUCACCAUGGUUUCAGGGAUUGUUGAUCGUGGCAGUUCUCUGCUAUAUGGCUUUGAAUGAUAUUUGCAUCAGUGCAACUUAUGCGCUCAGUCAGUUCAAAUUUUUUUGCUCUGAAAUCUAAAUUCUGUUGUAUAUGAUUUCAGGGUAACGCUGAUCUACUUUUUCUAUUAUUACAAGUAUUGACGUUUUUUGCUGUCU